UUCAAGUUUUGGUUUUGGUGUGUUAUUGUGUUGCGCUUGAGAUUUAUUAUUAUUUGAAUUAAUUUAUUUCUUAGUAUGUUAUGUAAUGUUGACGUCCUAUUAAUAAAAUAAAAUCCUAAUAAUUUGACCUUUACAUUAAUAAAAAACAACUCGUUGUUGUAUUAUUAUUGAAAAGCCCAAUAAUGUCGCAAAGAGAACGCCGUGCCAAUGCUGGCAAUCGCAUGGCAAAGCUUUUGGAUGAAGAAGAAGAAGACGACUUUUAUAAAACUACCUAUGGAGGGUUCCAAGAGGCGGAGGAAGAUCAAGACUAUGUAGAAGAAAAGGAAGUGGAUGAUGUUGUAGAUUCUGACUUUGAUAUUGAUGAGAAUGAUGAUCCAGUGUCGGAUCAAGAAGCAGAAUCUAAGGAAAAAAAGAAAGUAAGCGGAAAGGUGUAUAAGGAUCCAAAUAGAAAACGAAAGUCUGCAGCGGAGACUAAAGUCGUAACAAAGAAACCGAGAGAAACAAAGGCAAAGGAAGUAGUUGAGAAUGUUGAUAAAGUUAUAGACACUUCUAUCGAACGAAAAUCAAUACGACAAAGCACGGCCGUCAAGUCUGCGGAGACACUAGAAAGAAUCAAAAUAAGAUCGGAAUUAAAAAAGAAAAAGGUUAAGAAAGUUGAGGAAAAGCCGCUCACACAAGAGGAGUUAUUGGAAGAAGCGCUAAUUACUGAGAAGGAGAAUUUAAAAAGCUUGGAGAGAUUCGAGCAAAGUGAAUUGGAGAGAAAGAAAAUAAGACCAAUAAAGAAAACUAUAACAGGCCCAAUAAUUAAGUAUCAUUCUUUCGCCGUGCCCGUACCACUUGUGUCCGAAGUGGCGCCAGAGGACAAGUCUAGUCUCACACCAAUAACGGAUAUAAACUUGAGUGAUAUCAUCAAAAGUGAGGAUGGUAUGUUAACACCAGGAGACUUAAGUGACAGUAACAAUGUGGAGCUAAAAGCUGAAAAUGAUAAUGAACAAUUAGACUCCAGCAAAAUGGAUGUGGAUUUUGUGGGGCCAGAAGAGGAGAUUAAGUUGGAUGAUGGCACAAAAAAGGAAGAUAAACCGAAACCCAAAGAGAAUGUGACGUACUACGAGAGGACGCUGCUUUCGUUCGAAAACGACAUCAAGAACAAAGCAUUCAAUUCGUGUUUCCCACAAAGGAAGCCAAAACGAAAACGAGAAAUGCUAUGUGCCGUUACGAAACGACCAGCCCGCUACAUAGAUCCAAUCACCAAGUUACCAUAUCGCAGUGUGGACGCCUUCCGUAUCAUACGAGAGGCAUAUUAUCAACAACUGGAAGCACGAGCAGACAAGGCCUCGCCUAGCCUCGCCGCCUGGCUUCGCUCGAGGAGAAGUGACACCGCCUCGUCGUAUGUGCAAAUACAUAUUAAGUAACACACUUAGAUAAUACUUAGAUUUUCAAUUGGAGCAUAGAUGAGGUAUUUAUGCUGAGAAUCGCGUCUUGGUUUAUCUGUGAUCAUACACGCAUAUACCCGCAUAUGCAAAAUGUAGGUACAGAUAAAGUAGGUAAAUUACAUUUUUGAAAUAAUACCACAAAACAUAAAAUAAUUAGCAAAUCAUGCUGUUUUGAAUUUAAAAAAUUAAAUAAAGA